AUGUCCAGGAGCUCGUCCGUCCAGUCCAUGUCGAUGUCCGAAGAGUCAAGCAACGACGUCGGGGACAAUGAGUCCAGCGGCGUUGGGUUGUCUGCCUCGAGCCUCAACUACGAAAUGCGCCGCAAGCUCGACAUUAUGAAGAAGCUUCACAACACAGGUGUUCAGGUAGACAUCGACCUCCCACAAAUCGCCGUCAUAGGCAACCAAAGCGCCGGCAAGUCGUCGCUCAUCGAGGCCGUCUCGGGCAUCACACUGCCACGGGCGUCUGGAACGUGCACACGCUGUCCCACAGAAUGUCAUCUUACGCGAACAGACGCGCCGUGGCAGUGCAUUGUGUCUUUAAGAAUCACCACGGACUCUAACGGCAAACCGUUGGGUCAAGUGAGGAACGAGCAGUUCGGCGACAUCAUCUAUGACAAGUCCCAAGUUGAAGACCGCAUCCGUCGUGCGCAGCGGGCCAUUCUUAAUCCACAGCAAUCACUCGACCUUCAAUUCUUUUUGAACGAAAGGGAGGACGACAUCAACACAAAACUUACGAAACAAUUGGCAUUCUCGCUGAACUGUAUCACGCUCUCGAUAAGUGGCCCAGAUGUCGCCGACCUUUCAUUCUGCGACCUCCCAGGUCUUAUCGCCAGCGUUGCUCGUGGUGGUGAAGACUCUUCUAUUGCCCUUGUGGAGAAAAUGGUCGUGUCCUAUAUAAAGAAACCUAGUUGUAUCAUUCUUCUGACCGUCGCCUGUGAAACCGACUUCGAAAACCAAGGUGCCCACCGCCUAGCUAAACAAUAUGACCCUGAAGGCAAACGUACAGUCGGCGUCUUAACGAAACCUGACCGUAUACCUCAAGGCGAGGAAUCGUCGUGGAUUCCAUUCAUCCGUGACGAAAGGGAGCCUCUUGAAAAUAAUUGGUUCUGCGUGAAGCUUCUUUCUUCGUUCCAGCUGAACAUGAAACUAUCGUGGGCACAGAGUCGGCAGUUGGAAGAAGAUUUCUUCUCCAAAAAGCCUGGUCCAUGGUCUGAAAUUGAAGAACCAUACAGGAAGUACCUUGGGACCGAAAACUUGGUGGAGAGGCUUAGUACCGUCUUAUCUGACUUGAUCUCCAGCAGAAUGCCCGAAAUCCAAGAUGAGCUAGAAAAGUCGAUCGCAAGUACUCGCGAACUACUUUCACGUCUCGCACCCCCACCCUCAACCGACCCACGGAGCGAGAUUCUGACACUCCUCCACAUGUUUGUACAGGACGUGUCGCAGAGCGUAAAAGGAGUUUCCGAAGGCUUUGGACUCGGAGCACCCUCCGGAUUAAUCCAAUCUAUCACCCCAGAGCAAGAAAACUUCAAACGGGCGAUACGCGCAACCGCGCCGGAGUUCUGGCCGUUUGAAACGCGCGUGCUCAAUGGAAAACUCCCGCCUGCAGAUUUUCUGCACGGUGAAGAGCAAGAGGACACUCGAGAGGGUUUCGCCUCUUCAAAAGCCGUGGCGUCCCCUAAAAUCUGCCUUGACGAAGUGAAUGAACGAAUUAAAAAGGCGCGCACGCGCGAACUUCCAGACCAUAUGCCGCCUAUCGUUGUGCGGACAUAUAUCCAGAAUAUUGUCAAACAGUGGGAUGCGCCUUCGGAUGCUUUGGUCAAAUCGACCUAUAACAUUGUCAGCGCUCAUUUAAAGCAAAUGGUUCGUGACCAUUUCCACCAGUUCGGACAGGGAAAAUUAGAGCAACAAAUUCGGGGCAUCGUCCAAGCGCAUAUAAACGCUUGCCACGCAAAGGCCGAGCAACACGUCAAAUAUCAGCGAAAGCUGGAACAGAAGUGGCCCUUUACAAUGAACACACAUUACUAUAGGGAUUACAAGGCGAAGUUCCUGGCACAGUAUAAAUCUGCUCGCGAAGAACACGCCAAAAAUGCAAAGGCGCCCUUGAAAAUCACAUUCCCUCAACCUCCCAGCACAAAUACAACGGCCUUCGGUACUACAAUUCCGAGGCCGAAUGUAUUUGGUGAUGGCACCAGUAACACGAUUUCAUUCAAACCAAUCGAACCAGCCGAAUCAUCAAAAAGUACACCUGUCGCUGAGGCCAACCAUGAAGCACAGACAAAGACGACGUCGUCUUCAGAGGCGGAUGAUCGCAAUGCAGCCGCUCUUGAAAUCAUGGCCGCUGUGCGAGCUUACUUCCAAGUCGCGUAUAAGCGUUUCAUCGACUACGUCCCACUCACCAUCGACGCGGAGCUUGUUGACGGCCUCGCACAAGAUCUACUCCCUACCCUCUACUCACAAUUGGGUAUCAAUGGGCCAAAAGGUGACGCUAUAUGUAAAGACUUUGCUCAGGAAAACCGCAAAACCGCGACUCGUCGCGUCGAGCUCACCAAGAAACUUGAGCGUCUGAUGGCGGGACACAACGAGCUAUUCGCUGCGUUUGUUUGA